AUGCAAGUCCCACAAAAGUACGUAAGUGAAGAGAACGAAAGAAUUUUGCCAAGAUUUAACAAUGUUGUGGACAAGGACUUUAUUAUGUUCCAAAAGUGGAAAAUCUCGACAACUAAGUCAUGUAUCCUGAAGAGCGUUUGCAUCAAUAAUGAGGAAUGUACACUUGACGGAAAGUGCUGUGAUUUGUGCAUGUAUAAUUUAACAUUAAAUCUUCCUCAUCUGCCUGACAUGGUAUUUCAUAAGAACUCACUGGUUGUUGAGCACGAAAAUGGUGCAAAAAUUGUGAUUUGUCCAUUAGAAGCACUUAAAAAAGUUCGAGUGGAGAAGCCAGACAUGAGAGUGAGCUGCUCAGAUGAAUGGCGUGAAUCCCGUCCAAAAGACAAAACAGAAGAAAAAUUGAAGCCAUUUGAUUGGAGCUUCACAACAGACUAUCAAGGAACAAUCAAUGAUAAGUUCACGACCGAAAAAACUGAUCUGAAAAUCGAUAAAUUCAAGUUAAUGGUCAAGGAACAGAUUCUGUUUUACGAAGACUUGAGUAUCUUUGAGGACGAGCUGCAUGAUAACGGAACGUCUGUGUUGUCUGUAAAGAUUCGAGUCAUGCCGUCGGGCUUUUACAUUCUUGUCAGGUUCUUCUUGCGUGUCGAUAAUGUUAUGAUUCGAAUGAAUGAUACCAGAUAUCAUUGGGAGACUGGAAAAGAUUAUAUUAUUAAAGAAUACACUAGCAGAGAAGCAACUUAUGAUAAAUUAAAACACGUUCCACCAGCUUUAUUCAUAUCACCUAACGAAAUAGCUGAUCAUUUACCAGUUAAAGAGCGUACUCAUGAAAUUUUGAAAUUUCAACCUUAA